GUUUUGAACAGUUUUGCUUGCUUUCCAUUUGGGGAAAUUGGAUCCUAAAAUAAGAUCCAUACUUUGGGGGAAAUGAAUGAAAAAUGCCACCAUGAGCUUGUAUAUCUCUGACAGGCUUUGGGGAAGCCUUCCUUCUAAUAUGCAGUGGUUUGCAGUUCCGCUUGCAGGUAGCCUAUUCUAUGUAACUCCUCAACUUUAAGAUGCAUAUCUUUUAUAUUUUUAGAUUCUGAAAUGUAUACCUCUUAGUGUACCCCUUGAUGACUUAUUUUCCUUUCCCACCUUCCUCAGAUCAUUUAUGUAUCUUGGAAUUGAGGAAAUAUUCUAAUGUUAGACAACUCUUGUAAAAGAUGUGGAAGUUGCAGUCUUUUCUUGGAUUCCCAGAGAGGUUUUCCUGUUUCUUUUUUGUGGUACUCUGUAGGCCUGAAGAGCAUUCCUCCUCUCUUUAUGGUGAAAACUGAGCAUAGAAGAGAUUUGAAAUUUUAGAUGCAGCUUAUUGCCGCAGCAAGUGAUUGAAGAAGGAGUCCUGUUCCUGCCCCUGAGCUUACAGCUAAGGUACAAGGAGUGGCUUGGGGUUGGAUUCUUUGGAAAAACUUGAUAAAGGGUUGGUACAGUAGGCUUCACUAGACUUAGCUGCAACUCAGAAUUUCUCCUCCAGCACCUGAGUAAAUGCUGAUGGUCUUGUGGAGAGUGGAUUAAGAGUACGAGCUAAGUUCUCAAUCCCAAUUAAGAAGCGGAGGAAAAUUUAAACUGUCUCCUUCAAAGUUUAUCACAACCGCCACCAUCAAGACAGCAAACCAAAGGACAAAGACUUUGACCUGCUGUGUUGCUCUGUGUAGUCCAGUUCACGUACGGUUUACAGACUUGGCUGGGGUUACUAAUGAGUAAAUAAAAAGUUGGACACUUCUGUCAUUGGACACUUUUAUUCACAAAGUUACCAAAAUGAGGGCUGUGCUGGAGACAGCAGACAUUGCCAUAGUGGCCCUGUAUUUUAUCCUGGUCAUGGGCAUUGGUUUUUUUGCCAUGUGGAAAUCUAAUAGAAGCACUGUAAGUGGAUACUUCCUGGCGGGGCGCUCUAUGACCUGGGUAGCAAUUGGUGCCUCUCUGUUUGUGAGCAAUAUUGGGAGUGAGCACUUCAUUGGGCUGGCAGGAUCUGGAGCUGCAAGUGGAUUUGCAGUGGGCGCAUGGGAAUUCAAUGCCUUACUGCUUUUGCAACUUCUGGGAUGGGUUUUCAUCCCGAUUUACAUCCGGUCAGGGGUAUACACCAUGCCUGAAUACUUGUCCAAGCGAUUUGGUGGCCAUAGGAUUCAGGUCUAUUUUGCAGCGUUGUCUCUGAUUCUCUAUAUCUUCACCAAGCUCUCAGUGGAUCUGUAUUCGGGUGCCCUCUUUAUCCAGGAGUCUUUGGGUUGGAACCUUUAUGUGUCUGUCAUCCUCCUCAUUGGCAUGACUGCUUUGCUGACUGUCACCGGAGGCCUUGUUGCAGUGAUCUACACAGACACUCUACAGGCUCUGCUCAUGAUCGUUGGGGCACUCACACUUAUGAUUAUUAGCAUGAUGGAGAUUGGCGGGUUUGAGGAAGUUAAGAGAAGGUACAUGUUGGCCUCACCCAAUGUCACUUCCAUCUUGUUGACAUACAACCUUUCCAACACAAAUUCUUGUAAUGUCCACCCUAAGAAAGAUGCACUGAAAAUGUUGCGGAAUCCAACAGAUGAAGAUGUUCCUUGGCCUGGAUUCAUUCUUGGGCAGACCCCAGCUUCGGUGUGGUACUGGUGUGCUGACCAAGUCAUCGUGCAGAGGGUCCUAGCGGCUAAAAACAUUGCUCAUGCCAAAGGCUCUACUCUGAUGGCUGGCUUCUUGAAGCUUCUGCCAAUGUUUAUCAUAGUUGUCCCAGGAAUGAUUUCCAGGAUACUGUUUGCUGAUGAUAUAGCUUGCAUCAACCCAGAGCACUGCAUGCAAGUGUGUGGAAGCAGAGCUGGGUGCUCUAAUAUUGCGUACCCACGCCUGGUGAUGAAGCUGGUUCCUGUGGGCCUCCGGGGCUUAAUGAUGGCAGUGAUGAUUGCAGCUCUGAUGAGUGACUUGGACUCUAUCUUUAACAGUGCCAGUACCAUAUUCACCCUCGAUGUGUACAAACUCAUCCGCAAGAGUGCAAGCUCCCGGGAGCUAAUGAUUGUGGGGAGGAUAUUUGUGGCUUUUAUGGUAGUGAUCAGCAUUGCGUGGGUGCCCAUCAUCGUGGAGAUGCAAGGAGGCCAGAUGUACCUUUACAUUCAGGAGGUAGCAGAUUACCUGACGCCCCCAGUUGCAGCCCUAUUCCUGCUGGCAAUUUUCUGGAAGCGCUGCAAUGAACAAGGGGCUUUCUAUGGUGGAAUGGCUGGCUUUGUUCUUGGAGCAGUCCGUUUGACACUGGCCUUUGCCUACCGUGCCCCAGAAUGUGACCAACCUGAUAACAGGCCAGGCUUCAUCAAAGACAUCCAUUACAUGUACGUGGCCACAGCGUUGUUUUGGGUCACAGGACUCAUUACUGUAAUUGUUAGCCUUCUCACGCCACCUCCUACGAAGGAACAGAUUCGUACCACCACCUUUUGGUCUAAGAAGAGCCUGGUGGUAAAGGAGAGCUGCUCCCCAAAAGAAGAACCGUACAAAAUGCAAGAGAAGAGCAUCCUGAGAUGCAGUGAGAAUAGUGAGGCCAUCAACCACGUCAUUCCCAAUGGGAAAUCUGAAGAUAGCAUUAAGGGCCUGCAGCCUGAAGAUGUUAAUCUGUUGGUGACCUGCAGAGAGGAGGGCAACCCAGUGGCUUCUUUAGGUCAUUCAGAGGCAGAAACACCUGUAGAUGCUUAUUCCAAUGGGCAAGCAGCUCUCAUGGGUGAGAAAGAGAGAAAGAAGGAAACAGAGGAUGGAGGCCGGUACUGGAAGUUCAUAGAUUGGUUCUGUGGCUUUAAAAGUAAGAGCCUCAGCAAGAGGAGUCUCAGAGACCUGAUGGAGGAGGAGGCUGUUUGUUUACAAAUGUUGGAAGAAACUCCACAAGUAAAACUAAUACUAAAUAUUGGACUUUUUGCUGUGUGUUCACUUGGAAUUUUCAUGUUUGUUUAUUUCUCCUUAUGAACUUUUAAGGAUAUGAUGAGACACUAACUUAAGAAAAUACUGGUCUUUGAAAAAAACAAAAAAACAAAACACUUAUGUAACUGUUGCAUCUCUCAGGCAUUGUUUACGCUGUAGGUUUUAGCCAAAUUUUACUUAGCAGAAAAAUCAUCUAUUUGCAAGACUUUAUUUUCCCAGAGAUGGAUGAAAGUAAAAUUUCAAUCUAAAUGAAGUAAAACUUGUUUAACAGACUGAAUUGUGCAAAUGUGGUUUAAAAUUUUCCAUACCAAAGUAAGGAGAGACCAAUUAUUCUCAUAGAGCACUUAGAGCAGAAUAUAUGCUAAGAUAUCACGAAUAAGAUAUACUGUCUGCACUGCCAAAUCUUGGUAGGCCUUCUUACCCUGAAGUAGAAGACUUGCUCAUUUUAAAGUUUUUUCUCUCUCUGUAAUCCCUACUUCCAUUUUAAAAAACUGAAUUUGUAGACAUUGUAUAAUCAAUUAUGUACUGAAAAUCGCUAACAUGUGCUUGUUUCAGGGCAAGUUCGUUUGCCAGGUUCGUUUUGUUAGCAUGAGCCUAUGGAUUCUGAAUGCUGAAAGAAAGGAAGAAGAAUGUUUUCCUGUAGCUAUUCUUUUACCACCAGUAUAUGGAAUGUUGGGAAAAAGUUUGUUCCAGUUGCUUCUUUCUUUUUUUCCUACUUUGAAGUUUAAGUGAACCAUACUCAAACGACCACCAAGUCUGUCUUUAUAAAGUUGUAUGUCAUGAUUGUAUUGUACAUGAUU